CUGCAGUAAUGUAAAUUGUAAUCAUCUGUUGACGCUUGUCUCAGUGUCUAUUUGACUACAUCAUACAAGCAGACACGUGCAGUUUAAGCAAUUAAGCUAAUCUGCUGCACACAGCUACGCUAUGUGCACGUGAAGUAAUCGUUUUGAUUUUAAAACUGAAUGGGAGACACAAAGCACCCGUACGCGCUGGUAUCGUGUUAAAAUACGUGCGACUUACUUGGAUUCAUCAAUGGCUGCGAACCAGGUGCGCAGUUCCUCUUCGUCUUCCUGUUCUUGCGCGUUGUGCACCAAGGAACGCGGAGGAGCAGAUGCGUAGCCGUGCGGCGCGUUAUAUGCGGGCACGGGGUCGGGUUGACGCCAUGAAGGACGCGGGGAAGCUGACGCGCCCGAAUAAUGCCCUGUGGACGGCGGCGGUGUAGGAUCGGGCUGAUCCAGGGGGACUGGCAAACGGUUCAGGGGGGCUGCCAAACGAUUGAGGAGGACCGCCAAACAAAUCGUCAUAGGAGGGCGGUGCAUCCGUGCUCGACGGCGUUGCAGCUGCAAUCAUAACGAUCAGGGAGGAUACAAAACAGGGAGGAUACAAAACUAUUAGUAUUUACCAUAGCUAGGACGGGGCUUCGGGAUCCGCUCAUUCUGGAAUCAGGAGGUGCGGUUGGACGUGCAGCGCGAUCACGAUGAUUAGAGUUGGUUCGAGUAGCAGCAGCACGCGGAGGGUGAGCUGCACGGGGUGUACUCGUUAUACGGGGUGUAACAGCGGCAGUUGCUACGGCACCACCACUGCGGGCGUGCGGCGGAUGAUAAGUAGGGCGUCCGCCGAUCAUGUGUGUAGAAUAGUCAUUUCCCAUGCUAGCUUAGCAAACAAUGACAUCGGUCGGAAGGCAUCAUAUACAUAAUCUGUGCAGCGAAAAAACAUCUGACGUGGUGCUGCAGCGAGUCACUCUGGCUGAUCUCAGAGUCAGUGGAACUGCUUCAGCCUGUACUUGCGUGUGUAACAGUGUAAAGCGGAUGAAUGAUCUACUACGAAGCGGUAUUGACGUCACUGCGGCGAUCGAUAUGGUAUGCCGUUGAUAUUUCCGGUUACCCGCAUGCUCAAGUAUGUUCCAGGCGUUGGGAAAGUACAAACAGUGCAGUGUGUUGUGUAAUUGCGCGGGAGGGAAAUGGGGACCGUGUACACAUAUACCGGCUCCUCUUCACAAUGUGAUUAGAAAAAAUGUUUGUUACAGCGCCGUUGAUCUGGAUAAUUAGUUGCUUGCGUCGACGGGAUGAGGACUCAUCCAGGGCAGUGCGAUCGGUAUAUUACUGGACGAUUACUCGAGUAUACACAGAUCGGCCAUGCCUGUGUAACCAUAUUCGAGUAGAGUAGUGAACUGUUGAUGACGCCUUUAUUGGGCUUAAUCGAUAUUAUUUCGUGUCACUAGCACAGUACCGCAACGCAACGAUUCGGAAAGCGUUCCGGGAAACCAUAACCUAGUGCCGUAACUUUUAGUAAAUCAUAUUAAUUUAUUUUCCGAAACAAAAAGUGUAUUCAACACACGGUGUGUUGAAUAUACUUUUUAUUUCGGAAAUAACUUAAUUUGAUUUACUAAAAGUCACGAUGUGUUACGCACUGUAGGUAAUCUAGAACGGAAGUUGAUACGAUCACAGAAAGGGCAUUGUGCGUCGACUAAUACGAUAUAUAAAUAUUCUAAUACGAUACUACAGAGUAAUACUACACGAUAUUAAAAUUAUUGAUAUGUGUUUCCUUGGCAGCUUUGCUGUGACUUUGAUUUACAACAAGUGAAUAAAUAUAGUGGCUAAAUAUUCUUUACAUACGUACUUCGAUAUAUCGACUUUAUUUCACGGCAUUUAUUUGUUCGGAAAGAUAACAAGUUCCGACUGUACUCUACUUCUUAUAAUUAAGUAGCGUAUACGUAAAUUAACAAUUACUACCCGCAUACAAAUUAAUUGUGAACAAACGUUAACAUAGAGGCUAGAAAUCUGUAUUUUACCCCUACAAGAUUUAUAAUAAUAAUUUAAAUAUCCUAACACCACUACAGUAGGUUUGCACUAUGUUUUUAUCGGUAUUCUAAAAACUCGAAAUUUUAAAACAGCUGGAAUAGAAGAUAAAAAUGUUCUACGGAUAGAAUUCUUUGUCUUCGUUGUAAGAUGUAAGGUAGGCAUGUACGGUUCUGUAUCUUUCUAUCAUUCUGGUUUCUACUUGUACCUUCAGACGCGGAUUCUCAUAAAAUGCUGUGUGCACGGAAAAUGGUGUUCGUCUUUACUUACAUUUACUGAAAGUGAACACGACUGCAGCUGUAAAUUUAAUGCCCUGCGGGCAACACAUCGCCCUUUCUCGCGACACAUGCAUGAGCAUCGCAAAUGAAUACGUAGCUAUUUUAGUUUAUAUUGCCAAUGCACGCAUUUGUUUUUGUUCUUUAAAGGAUUUAAAUUAUUAAAAAGCGCUUUCCUAGUUUAUUUUCAUAAAUAUUUGCGUAACCCUACCAUCUCCAUGGUUCGGGCAAGGAUGACAAGUACAGCCGACGGCUUAACGUGGAGUGAGUUUGAGGAAGCCGGUCUAAUUCCAGAUGAACCAGCCAAGGGAAUCCCGCUGUCAUACAGAAUUUCCAUGUACAGGGAAAAAGUCCGCUUCUUCCUGAAAUCUUCCCUCAGCCAGAUCCGUUGCAAAUGGUUUAUCACGGCGUUAAUGCUGUGCAUUAUCGCUGGGGCAGGACUGUUGUCGACGUUACCGCUGAUUCGUAUGCGCUUAAUCAGUCCACAGGAAGAAGGACCGAUUGGGCCGGAAUUAGAUCCCAAGAUGCGACCGUGUAGAAAGAUCCUGAACUUUUCUCCGACACCUUUGCCAAAGAUCGCACUGGCUUCUUUCACCGGAUCCGGAAAUACGUAUCUUCGCGGCGCUAUCGAACAAAUUACAGGAAUAUGGACCGGUUCGGCUGUACCCGAUUUUCAGUUGUACCAUGGUGGCUUUUAUGGGGAAGUGACUGCCGACAGCAAAGUGAUUGUGGUCAAAACACACGGUUACGGUAAAAAAGCCACGAAAGCGAAUUAUAAGAAAGUGAUACUCUUGGUGAGAAAACCGGAAGAUGCCAUUCUGGCUAAAUGGAACCAGUACAAGACGCGAACACAUACAGGCAUUGCACAAGGAGAUUCUUAUGAUACCGAAGAGUGGAGAUCGUUUGUUCCUAAAUCUAUAGAAGAAUGGAAGGAAAUGAACGAAUACUGGUUAUCGCAGAAUCCAGUCACCGUCCAUGUUGUUCAGUUCGAAGAACUGCUGACCAACAAAAAAGAGGAACUCCUAAAAGUGAUUGAUUUCCUUGGCUUUAAGGAUCAGUUAGACGAGAACAUGCUAAACUGUGUCGUGGAAAAGUACGAAGGAUUAUUCAGGCGGCGGAAGUUCAAGAUGGACUUUGAACCGUACACUCCGGAAAUGAAGGAGCAAAUUGAGAACGCCCGAGAUCUCGUACAGCAGGCAGUGGAAGAGUGGAAAUUUAGUAAAUUUGACAGUGUAGAAUGGAAUGGAGAGGACGAUGCAGCGGCAGCGCCGUAAUUUGUAUUUCCGCGAUAACUGUGAUUUACACUGGAUUCGAGUGCGUUUUUGGAAAUGUUUCCCAGUCAGUUCAGUUCGUUGUUAUGUUUAGCUUUGUUAUUUGUUCAAUAACUUUUCCAGUCCAUUGGUUUUUUACAUUAAACCUCACAAAAAAACCCAAGAGUAGCCGCUGUUAAAGCAUACAGGUAAAAUUGUUUCCUGUACUAGUGGGCUUCGUCGGCUUUGUGAGCUUCACGUCAUAACUGACCAUGAGUACAAUUUUGCUUUAAAAAAUGUUUUCGUAGCAAUUUUGUAUUUCACUAUAAUUUUAUGCGGUGUACGAGCUCGUACAAUAAGUCAAGCUUGUUUCCGAACCAUCGAGAGACCGAAAAAAAUACA